AUGGAUGAUCUUGUUGCACAGUUUGAAUAUCAAGCACAGCAAACAUUUCGUUCUGACGACGCGAAUUUAUCAUCUGUUGCUGACAAUGAACCAAUAUUUUUCAAAAGCAAACUUCCUUGGAUUUUUAAUCCAAACACCGAAAUUCGACACAUGGUUGUUUCGAACAAUGUUUUCAUUUUACAUUUGAAUGAUAAAACACUUCAACGUCGGUGUUUAGAUGAACAGUCAAACGAUUCUUAUCCAUUUCAAGAAAUUCAUUUAUUAGAUUCAAUUCAAAAUAUGUUUCUUGAUCCGUAUGGUCGAUAUUUAGUCGUAUCCACUAAAAAAACGAAAGAAAUCUUUCUAGCUAUAUCAUCACAAAGUUCAUUGAAAUUAAUUAAAAAGCCUAUUAAAUUUGGACAAAAUAAAAAUUUUAUCUUAGCUUCAUUAACAUGGUGUAAUCGUUUUUUACGUUCAGAGGAAAUAGAUAAUAAAAUUGUAGCAUUAGCAGCUGGUACUGAUGGUACAAUCUAUGAAAUAGCAUUUUUACGAGAACAAGAAUUAUAUAUUACAGAAGUUUAUCGAUCAUUGGUACCAAUAAUGGACGAGAAAAAAGAUUGUGUGACAGGCAUUUAUUGUGAUGUGAAAUCAUCAUACGAUGAUAAUACAAAUAUAUUUAUUGUUAUAACAACACAAAUUGCAUUAUAUUAUUAUGAAAAUCAAAUUGAUCCUACACGUAAACAAGAUUAUUUUUUACCAUUUUUUAAUUUAUAUAAAGACUAUACAUUAUCCGAUUUAAAAUAUCGUGUAUAUCCAGUUGGUAAUGUUCAUACAGAAAUUCAAUUAUUUUAUAGAACAAAACGAUCAACAUCAUCACAAUUAUUAUAUCGACAAUUUGCAUGGAUCACUGGAGCAGGAUUAUUGUAUACUGAAAUUGAUCCAACAAAUGUUCAAAAAUCAUUUUUAGAAAAAAGUCAUAUUAUUAAUUAUCAAUUUGAUCAACGUUUACUUGUUCAAGAUAAAGAGAGGCCACCAUCAUCUGUGGCACUUACUGAAUUUCAUUGUCUAAUGAUGUUUCCAACAGAAAAUCAAAUACGAGCAAUAUGUACAGUAAAUGGACAAAUUGUCAUGGUUGAUGGAUCAAUGGCUAGUGGUGCACCCGUUUGUUAUUGUAGAGAUCAUAUAAAAGAUCAAUUAUGGGCAUGUACAGAUCAAAAUGUUUUACGUUAUACAAUAAAGGAUGAAAGACGUGAUGUAUGGCGGGUAUUUAUGAAAAAAAAUGAUUUUCAAAAAGCAUUUGAACAUUGUGUCGUGGCCGAUGAUCCAAUUGAAACAGCAAGACGUCAACGUUCAAUUGAAUCAAAACACGCCGAUCAUUUGUAUAAUGAAAAUAAAAUGGUACCAAGUGCAACGGUUUAUGCUGCAUCUGACACCUCAUUUGAAGAUGUUACAUUGAAAUUUCUUACAUUGAAAAAUAAAGAACCAUUACGAACAUAUUUAUUAGCAGUUCUAAAUAAUCAAAAGCCUUUAACGGAUAGUACUCAAAUAACAAUUUUAACGUUAUGGUUAAUUGAUUUAUUUCUUAAUGAAUUAGACGAAUUACGACCAUCAAAGAUAAAUUUGAAUGAUCCUACUGAAACCGUCGAUGAGUAUUUCGCACGUUUCAAUAAAAACUCAAUAUCACCAUCUGCCACAUCAGAUUCAUUUGAAAGUUUAAGAAAAUCAUUUCAAUAUUUUUUACAUCAACAAAAAAUUGAGCAAUGUCUAAUUGAUCAUCGUUCAGCUGUCUACGAUUUAUUAACAUCACAUGGAGAUUUAGAUGAUUUAAUUUUAUUUGCUGAACAUGUUAAAGAUUAUGAACGAGUUAUACUUUUGUAUUUAGAACGUGAAGAGUAUGAUAAAGCAUUAAAUACGCUGAAACCAUUGGAUGAUGCAGUAUUAUACUAUAAAUAUUCACCGAUAUUAGUUGAAAAAUUACCUGACGAUGUUAUUCAAGCAUGGAAAACCAAAUAUAAAAAUCUAUUACCAAAUAAAUUAUUACCAGCAAUGAUUGCUUAUUCAAGAGCAUUUCCAAAAGGUAAAUUGAUAUUAGACUUUUUAACUCAUUGUCUCCAUGUGGGUUGUGAUGAUAAAUCAAUUCAUAACUAUUUAUUAUCGGAAUAUGUUAAAUUUGAUCGAAGUAAAAUAAUGCCAUAUUUAAGAAAUCAAAAAGAAGAUAUCGAGAUGAUCCUUUAUGAUCCACGUUAUGCGUUACGAUUAUGUAUUGACAAUGAUUUGAAAGAAGAAUCUGUUUUUUUGUAUAAAAUCUUAAAUCUGCACGAAGAAGCUGUUGAUAUGGCUCUACAAGUCAAUGUUCGAUUAGCAAAAGAAUGUGUGGAAAAUAUCGAAGGUGAACGAUGUAAAAAGUUAUGGCUUAAAAUAGCUCGUCAUGUUAUUACUCAAGAAGGCAGUGACUUAGAUCAAGCAAUGGAAAUAUUACGUGAUUGCGAAUUACUCAAAGUCGAAGAUAUUCUUCCUUUAUUUCCUGAUUUUCAAACAAUUGAUCAUUUUCAAAAACCGAUAAUAAAAUCAUUGGAAAAAUAUAAUGAUCGUUUAGAAGAAUUACGUCAAGAAAUGGAUCAAGCAUCAAAAUCCAUUGAUAAUAUACGUGAGGAUUUGACUCGAUAUCGUACACGAUGUGUAGCCACCAUUGAUUCCGAUUAUAAAUGUUCACUGUGUGAACAGUUAUUAAUGUUACAAACACAGUUUUAUAUAUUUUCAUGUCAACAUUAUUUUCAUGCUGAUUGUCUAAUUGCGUAUAUAAAGCGUUUAAAACAACUGGAUAAGGCACGAAUAGAUAAAAUUCAGCUUUAUCAGUCAAAAUUAGCAUCAGGACUCACAAAACAGGAGGAAAUAUCGGAACUGCAACAAGAGUUAGAUGAUUUAGUGGCUAAAGAAUGUGCAAUAUGUGGCGAACCGGCAAUUGAUAAUAUUGAUCAACCCUUAGAUUUACUUUUAUAG